AUGGAGUUGCUGCGUAUCUGUGAAAGAUCCGAAGUCGCUGAACACAAAUCCCUACAAAGCUGCUGGGUUAUCAUCGACCAAAUCGUGUAUGAUUUAACAUCUUUCGUUGAAUUUCAUCCGGGUGGAUCGAAGAUAAUUCUUCAGUACGGUGGCAGAGACGCUACGCAAGCAUUCAAAGGCAUUCAUUCUAGUGAUACGCUGCAAAAGUAUAUGAAAAUCGACGAUAUCGUAGGUAAAGUUGAUACACCAGCACCAAUCCCCAAAAUGAGUGUAAAAACACCCGAUACCAAAGAGUCCAAUGGGGAGGUCUCCAGCCCAUCGCCAACUCCAAAACUGCGACUAAGGAGUAUCUUGAACAUGAGUGACUUUGAAGUGGCCGCGUCGCAGCGCCUGUCCCCCAAAGCCUUUGCAUUCUUCAAAGCAGGGGCUGAGGAUGAGAAAACAGAGCAAUGGAACCGCAAUUCCUGGCAGCUUGCUCGAUUCAGACCUCGCAUCUUGCGGCCUGUGGAGUCUGUCGAUUUAUCCACCACAAUCCUAGGAACGGAACUUAGCGUCCCGUUCUUCAUUGGGCCGGCCGGAGGUGGCAAACUUGCCCACCCAGCGGGCGAGGUCUUGAUGACCAAAGCCGCGGCGAAGAAUGGUGUCCUUCAUUGGGUGUGCAAUAUGGCUGGAUGUACCCAGGAGGAGAUGGCGAACGCUCGUGCUCCAAACCAGACCACGUAUUGGCAGAUCUACGCAAAAGCAAACUUGGAAGUCACUGAAAAGGAAAUCAAACGAGCGGUCGAGCUUGGGUACAAAGGGUUUGCGUUGACGGUUGACGCUAUCCGUGCCGGGAAGCGUGAACGAGAUUUGCGAAUGGAAGCUGCAGAAGCGGUCGUCUCGUCUUUUGAUUGGGACUCGGCCAUUACGUGGUUGCGCGGACUGACAGAUUUACCCAUCGCCAUCAAGGGUAUUCAGUGCUGGGAGGACGCCGCCCUGUGCAUGAAAUACGGAGUCCAUCCCUGGAUCUCCAACCAUGGCGGACGGCAACUGGAGGGAGCCCCGUCGGCGAUUGAAACAUUGAUCGAGAUUCGUCAGAAUGCACCGGAAGUCUUUGAUAAGUGUGAGGUAAUUGUGGACGGCGGUAUCAUGAGAGGUUCCGAUGUGGUCAAGGCAAUUGCAAUCGGUGCGAAGGGGGUGGCUAUCGGGCGCGCAUUCUUGUACGCGUUGGCAUUUGGAGAAACCGGCGUGAGCAAGGCUAUCCAGAUCCUCAGGGCUGAGAUGGAGACAACAAUGGCUCUCUUAGGCGUGACUCGGAUCGAGGAUCUGAAUCCAUCAUAUGUGGCAAUUCGGGAUUCUGCUGUUCGGUCUCGCUUGUAG